CUGCCCAUCACCCGCGCCACUCGCGCCUGGGCUUCUCAGAAGACACGAGGGUUCACACGCAGUGAAUUGCUUCCCCAUUUGCUAGCCAACAUACAGCCUUUUCUACAAGGCUGUUUGAUUUUGCUUCUUAAAUGGAGGAAAAGAGUUCGACUGCUCCUACAGAGCUUGCUAAGCCCCUGUCUAGCCUAGUCCCAUCAGACGCCAUGGCCACAGAUCAAUCAAACCCAGGAGACUUCAUAAGCUUAAGUAGCGAGGAUGAGCCCCCUUUGGCCAAGAAAAGGAAGUCCCCGGAAAAUGAUACGUCCAACGUUGCUGGAUUGGAUGCCCCUGCAGAGCGCUCUAAGCGUGCCAGAGUAAGCUCUGCCUCUGCUGGUAGCAGCCCAGGCGCAAAGGUAUCAGAGGAGGGAGAGAUUGACGACGAUGAGGACUCCGAGGGCGAGAUUCGUACUCCUGGUUCUCGCGAUGGGAAGAAGUUGGCAGGCUUUGCGUCAAGCGGCGCCUUUGUGCCCAAAUCCCCUCCGGUUUAUACCCGUGACUCGAUAUCUCUCCAACUCCCCGUGUUUUCUCAGCAAAGGGAGGGCACCUGGCCUGCAAGAUUCGAGGAGUGGGCACAACUUCUCUGCACGGCCAACUCAACGAGUGCCGCCAAGCUUACGCCAACGGUGAUCCAAGAUGCCUACAAGCAAUACAUUGAUAGUCACAGUAGGCUGAAGGCCAAUAAGAAGCGCGCUGCGAGACAGGCAGCCGAACAAUAUUCGGAUGAAUCUCUAGCUGCCUUGAUAAGAUCUCUUCAGCCACGCCAGAAGGACGCUGUACAGCUCCCAGCAGCGGCGGCGGUGCCUGAGGCUUUGGUCGAACCCAAAACGCAGAGUAACGCCUCUAGCGGAUUGCCAGAGGCUCAGCCUCCUCAGACGGCAAACUCGCGCGAACCUCGACCAAUGUCACAGUCAGCACCUCAACCUGUCAAAACCGCCAUGUCACAGCGGCCAGGCCUGCCUUCAGGGGAAGAUGCCCUCGAGCAACAGCGCCGAUAUUUUCCUUCAGCCAGCGAUCCGUCCAAAAUGUGCUUGCUCUGCGGUCGAGAGGGCCAUACUGCCGACGGCUGCACACACUGCGCGUGCAAAUUCUGCGGACAAGACGACCAUUGGCAAUAUGUUUGCCCAUCUCUUGACCUCAAAUGCGACAAGUGCGAUAUUCGGGGCCACUCAGCGGCUGGCUGCGCUACAGUUCGAGAAGAGAGAGGAUAUGUGUUCAAGUGCAGCUUGUGUCAUUCAACUGCGCAUACGGACGAGCGGUGCACGCAGCCAUGGAGGUCAUUCCACCCUGAGGCAGAGACGAUCAAGACGGUUACUGCUCUGCCAGUGUCGUGCGCUUCAUGCGGAAGCAGCCAACAUUUCUCUGCGAAUUGCAUCUCGGAUAGGGUGGCUAUGGAUCCCACCUUUCCUACCAAUCCCACUUUUAGCAUGUACAACAUGAGUCGAUAUAUAGACGCAGAGAGCACUUCAUCUGCAAUCAUCGGUGCUGAUGCACUCGCACCGAAGCAACAGCCAGGAGAUCUUAGGAUCCGUGGCCACGCUUCGCGCUCCAACGAAGUCCGCUACUACUCCGACAGUGAUGACUCGGAUGAUGUGCAAUUCCUGAGUCAACGAGCCGUUCCCAAACCGGUACGGACGGGUCGUAUUAGGGUAUCGACCAGUCUUCAACCGCCCAACGGAGAUCAACAGCCUCCUCUGCCCCCGGGUCCACCACCUCCUGACCCCCCUCCGCCGCCUUCCAGUCGCGCACCAAGACACGGCUACUCGCAAACACCGACUGGGCCAACCUCGCUCCCUGCCAGGCCGCCGGUUGCAUCGCGUGAUUACAGAAGCGUACCACCGCCUCCAUCCCAACCUGCACAGGAUUCUCGCCAACAGUCUGGACGAGGAGGUCGAGGCGGUGGUCGAGGUGGUGGCCGAGGAGGCAGGGGAGGAGGCCCAGGAGGAGGCAGAGGCUACAGAGGAGGAAAAUUCAGAGGCGGUAGGGGUCGAGGUGGUUAAACCGCUAAUCGUGAUGGAGUUUGGGAAUGUACAGACAAGGAGAGACCCAUGGGACUUCGAAUGGAGGAAGCACGCGUUGGGCGAUUCGAUACAGGCCUUUACACUCUGGUCUGCAGUGUCAGGGGCAACAUACUU